CUGAUAUUAAAAUUAAUUUUCAUAAGUUCUGAACACGACAACUCUGUAUCAGUACAAUGCAUAAGAUAAUCUCGGUACUUUUGUUGGCUGUAGCCUUGGUCAACGCUCGUGACAUUAACCAGGCUGGUCUUGAUUUAAUCGAGGGCUUCGAGCAUUUUGAGCCUAACUUCUAUAUUGACGCCGUGGGUAUACGUACCAUUGGCUACGGACACAAUUGCGAAGCUCUAGGUUGCAGUGGUAUUGAGGCGCCUAUAAGUAAGGCCACCGCUGAGGACAUACUGAAAAAGGACCUGGUCAAGUUCGAGAACUGUGUCCAGAAUGCCGUCCCCUUUGUCAAUGAUAACCAGUUCGCAGCCUUGGUGUCGCUGACGUUUAACAUCGGUUGCGGUAACUUCGGAGAGUCGACCCUUUUGAAGGAUUUAAAGGCUAAGAACUACUCGGCCGCUGCCAAUGAAUUCGCGAGUUGGUGUAAGGGGACAGUCGGCGGCAAAAAGAUAGUCCUCAACGGACUCGUCAAACGCCGGGCCGCCGAAAAGGCACUGUUCCUCAAGUGAAGGCUAAUAAUGUUGGUAAUAUCAGGGUCAUUUAGAUAUACUUACUUGUUGAUAUAUUGGGGUACUUAUACAGUACUCUAGUAACUAGAGUCUAGUUGUCUAUAGUUGUGGUAUAAUACUGUUACGUACUAUUAUUUUGUGACUCUGAAUUAAUAAAAUAUAUUGAUCAUUUUAAGUGG